AUGCAAGCCAAAGCCAAAGGAAUGGCGACAGUGAUCAACAGUUUCUCCUACUCUAAAGGUCGGGGGAGAGGUCUCCUUGCUCUGUCUGAAAGCCUGGUGCCUAGGAAACCUGGAACUCAGAGCAGUGCGUCAUCUGAGCCCCCCAGCAAAAAAGAAGAUCCCACAAAGCUGCUCAUAGCGAUGCACAAGUACACAGCUGACCCUAACUCUCCUGGAGGCUUUCCCGAGAUGUCCCUGGAGAAAGGACAGCUCCUGGUACUGUGCGGAGAGCACCCUGACAACGAGCACUGGUGGAAGGUCAGGAAUGAGGACAUGGAAACUGGCUAUGUCCCGGCUUCUUAUGUCAUCAUCAAAGAAGAAUGCCUGCCAUGGCUGCAACUGUCGUCUCUCAAGUCUGAGGAGGAAGAAAGGAAGGAAAGAGUGAAACGACUAUCGUUGGAGAAGUCUGCCUCUCAGGGUAUUGGAUUUGGCCCCGCCCCCAAAGCUCAGGCGUACGUGUCAGCGUAUUCUCGUAGUAGUAGUGACCGCCAUUACUGUGAGGUGUGUGACAAGAGGCUCAAUGGACCCAAACCAUACUCUGCUCAUAUGGCUUCACGAGCACACAAAGAAGAGGUAGAAUCCCGGAAACUGUACGGCUGAACAUGAACUCUGUGUCACAUGACUUAUAAGACUAUCACAUGCUAUUUUAUUCAUCUUGUUUCAUUAUUAUGUUAUUGUUGUUGAUGUUGUUUA